AUGGAGGUCGGCCUGCUCGAGUGCGACGGGCUCCCGGAGGGAUGCCUCCUGUCGGUCCGCGCAGGCAGCACGCGGCGGCAGGCGUUGGCGGAAAAGGGCAAGCUCGCGCUCAGCUUCCCCAAGCGGUGGCGGCAGGGCGAGGCCUUCAGGGUGGACCUCCUGGCGCCCCUGGGGAGCGCGAUGCCGCGCCUGGAGGCCGGCAAAGAGGUGUACGUUUUCUCCCUGGCGUCCGCGGGCGGGCCCGAGGACCAGUAUCGGGUGGCGUUGCAGGUCCGCGGCGCCGAUGCCGUUGGCGGGGGCGCCGACGCGACGGCGUCCCCGUGGCACCCGGCGGGCGUGGAGGCGGUCGCGGCCGGGCUCGAAAAACUCGAGAAGGGCCCCGCCGCCGCCGAGGGCGCGGGCGCGGCGAGCCGCCGCCACCGCUUGGCGGUCUCCGCCCGGCGGUACUUGGACAAGCACGACCUGCUCACCUGGACGCAGGCGCUGUUCCAGGAGCUGAUGGCGGAGCAGCCCUCGGACCCCUGGGCCCACAUCGAGCAGCGCGCGCGCCGGGCCGGCGGCGCCCGGCCGGGGACGGCCGACGCGCAGGAACCACGCCGGAGCAGCCGGCCGGCGCCCGCCAGCGUGCCCGACGGCGGCUUCGGCGUCGAGCUCCGGGAAGCGGGGGGCCCAGGCCUCCCCGAGGAUCCCCGCCGCAGCAGCCCUCAAGCGGCCGCGCGCGCGGGCUCGCUGGUACCGCCGGCUGGCGGUGGCGGCGUGGACCUCGAGGCAGCCCCAGUGGAAGCUGCAGGGGCGUCUGCGCAGGAGGCGCCCGAGGAGGCGGCGAGGCCCGCCGGGGAGGCGGCCGAGGUGCAGCCGGAGGCGCAGAAGCCCGCGGAGCUGCCAGAGGUGGUCGCAGAGGCACCGGCGGAAUCGGCUGCGGAUGCUGCAGAGGUGCCCGUGGUAUCCACGCAGAGGGCAUCCGAGGUGGCGAGCACGAAGCUUGCAGAGAAGGCAGACACACAACUGGAGGCGCAGGCUGAGGAGGUGCAGACGCCCGCGGGGCCGCUCGACGUGGUUGCGGAGACACCGGCAGAGGUGGCUGCGAGUGCCGUAGCAGGAGAGUCGCAGGCGUCUGUGAUGGCACCUGUGGAUGUACCAACGGAGGCAGCCAGCACACCAGUGCCUGCGGAAUUGCCCGUUCUUGCUGGAGGCACUGGAAGUUACAUCAAGUACCCGUACCGGGCAAGUGCAGUUGGUGCAGUGCCGGAGGAAUUGUCAGAGAAGCCCACAGAAGGCGAGACGCGUCUGGACGCACCAGGUACACCAGUGUCUGCAGAGUUGCCAGCCGAAGCCCCUACCGAAGAGGCGUCUGCCGAGCAGGCCGUGGAGGCACCUGCGGCGGUACGCCCAGAAGCAUCGGUCGCACCUGCGGUUACUGAGCAAGCCGUGACUGAACCAGUGGACGCAUGCAUGGUGGCAUCAGCCGCUCUCGUGCCUGCAGAGUCGCCCGCCGAAGCCCCUGUCCAAGAGGUGCAGAAGCUCUCGGAGGACGCACCCGAGGAGAUGACGCAGCCUGCAGAGGCACAGGCCGAGGAGAUGCAGAAGGUCACGCAGCCAGUGGAGGCGCCUGCGGAAGUGCCAGUGGACGUGCCAGCGGGUGCUGCUGCGGGAGAGGUGCAGGCGUCUGCUGAGGAAGCCGUGGUGGCACCUGCAAAGGCGGCAGAGGCGGUUGCUGAGCAAGCAGUGACUGAACCAGUGGACGCAUGCAUGGAGGCAUCAGCCGCUCUCGUGCCUGCAGAGUCACCCGCCGAAGCCCCUGCCCAAGAGGUGCAGAAGCUCCCGGAGGACGCACCCGAGGAGAUGACGCAGCCAGCAGAGGCACAGGCCGAGGAGAUGCAGAAGGUCACGCAGCCAGUGGAGGCGCCUGCGGAAGUGCCAGUGGACGUGCCAGCGGGUGCUGCUGCGGGAGAGGUGCAGGCGUCUGCUGAGGAAGCCGUGGUGGCACCUGCAAAGGCGGCAGAGGCGGUUGCUGAGCAAGCAGUGACUGAACCAGUGGACGCAUGCAUGGAGGCAUCAGCCGCUCUCGUGCCUGCAGAGUCACCCGCCGAAGCCCCUGCCCAAGAGGUGCAGAAGCUCCCGGAGGACGCACCCGAGGAGAUGACGCAGCCAGCAGAGGCACAGGCCGAGGAGAUGCAGAAGGUCACGCAGCCAGUGGAGGCGCCUGCGGAAGUGCCAGUGGACGUGCCAGCGGGUGCUGCUGCGGGAGAGGUGCAGGCGUCUGCUGAGGAAGCCGUGGUGGCACCUGCGGAGGCGGCAGAGGCGGUUGCUGAGAAAGCCGUGACUGAACCAGAGGACGCCCGCCGAAGCCCCGUCCACGAGGUGCAGAAGCUCUCGGAGGACACUGCAGAGGUGCUUGCGCAGUCCGCGGAGGUGCCUGCACAGUCUACGCCUACGGAUGUGACUGCGCUGCCUGCGCAGGAGCUCAUGGAGGAUGCCGCAGAACCAGCGACCGGGGCGCCAGAGGAUGCUCCGUCGCAGGGACCCGCCGCUGCAGCCGCGGAGGAAGCAGGUGCUGCACCUGAACACGUGCCAUCUCAGGCCCAGGCCGCGGAGGCGCUGGCAGCGCAGGUCCGGAGGCUGGAGUCCGAGAAGGCGGAGAUUCAACGGCAGGCAAGGGCCGCGGAGGAGGCGCUGGCAGCGACGGUCAGGCUGUUGGAGUCUCAGAAGGCCGAGCUCGAACAGCAGGCGCUGGGGGAUCCGCUCGCGGCCGCCCUGGCGAACCUGGCCGAGGCCGAGCAGGCCGUGCAGAGCGCGAUGUUGGAGCAGGGCCGCACGGUCGUGGACAAGGCCAUCGUCACGACAGCAGCCAGCACCGACUCGAUGAACGACUACGAGGACGAGGAGGACAUGCAGACCGCAAACCUCCAGAUGGAGUUGGACGCGGGACCCAGCAUGGAGACGCUCACGCUGCCCAUGGAUUCGGAGGGAGGGACCAUGGUUUCUUCUGGCUUCGACCAGGUCCAUCUGCCCGACCCGACCACCCACCUGGACCGGGGCAGCCAGACCAUGGUGUCAGAGGGCGGCGUGGAGGAACUCGAGCAGCAGAGGCAGCGCAUCCAGACGCAAGUCGAGCAGCUUGACAAGGAGGUUCUCAGAGUCGUGCCGAGUCCGUCGGAG